GACUUGCUUGUAAACAAAAUUUUAAAUCAAAACGUUUAUAGUAAAUCCUAAACAAAAUGGUUAUUCCUCCCGGAGAUGCUGAGAAAGGGAAGAAAGUGUUUGUACAGAAGUGUUCUCAAUGUCACACGGUGGAAAAGGGGGGAAAACACAAAGUUGGGCCUAACUUGCACGGCCUGCUGGGUAGACAGACAGGGCAAGCUCCUGGGUUUGCCUACACCGAUGCAAACGUCACCAAAGGCAUCGUCUGGAGCCAAGAGACGCUGUUUGAGUAUCUGGAGAACCCGAAGAAGUACAUUCCUGGGACGAAGAUGAUCUUUGCGGGCAUCAAGAAGGAACAGGAGCGAGCGGACUUGAUAGCCUACCUGGAGGAUGCAACUAAGUGAAGGAUGCUAUUGUGAAGGAGU